AUGAAUACUCUGAACCCACUCGCCGCCAAGCCCGCCGGCAGCCGCCCGCAGCUCAUCCACCACCGUCAAUCUCAUUCCAGACGCAUAUAUCCUCUAUAUUCCCGACCACCAGCUCCGCCUCCGCCUCCGCCUUCACAUUUCCCUCGCUCCGCCGUGAGAGCCUCUGCUCACAACCCAAACCCUAGCCGCCCCAAAAAUCCCCCAAACCUAGCUACAAUCCCCGCGAUCCCGAAUUCGUCUCCGAUAAAGCACGCGCUCAUCGCCGCCGCCGCUAUUUUCCUCUCCGGCUUUCAUUUCCCACAGAAACCCGCCGUCGCCGCUCCAACCUCCCCGGCGCCGGCCGCAAUCGAAACCACCGUCGACGACUCAGUUCCGAACGAGGAAAAGGAGAAACCAGCCGGAGAUCGGCCGUCCGCCGCCUCAGUCGAAACCACCGCCAAAGACUCCGAUUCGAACGAGGAAAACGCAAAUCCAGCCGGAGAACAGCCUCCGGCCGCCACAGUCGAAACCACCACCAAAGAUUCCGAUUCAAACAAGGAAAACGAUUCCAACUACAUCGACGAGCUGAAGCGUUCGUUCGAGUUCAAACUAGAAACCAGAGACUUACCAGAAGCUGCUCUCAUUCUCGAUAAGCUUACGGAGCUCGAGCCCGACGUGAUCGGUUGGCGAAUGCUGAGGGCCGAUCUGUACACAAACACUGGGGAAUUCCAAUUAGCUCGUGAAAUUUAUCACGACUUGCUCCACAAGAACCCUAGUUGCUUAGACGCGUGCCAAGGCCUGUGGAACGUUGAUUUGCACGAAGAAUCUGAGGUGGAGUUGAAGAAAACGGAGGAAAGGGUCUUGGAAGCAAUCAGAUUGUCGGAGGAGAGCAAUGAAAGCCUUCGUUUGAGGGAUUUCAAGUUUCUGCUUGCCCAUAUUCGAGAGCUCGAGGGAAAAUACGAUGAGGCAUUGGAGUUAUAUCAUGAGCUAGAGAAGGAGGAGCCAGGUGAUUUUCGGAUAUAUUUGGCUCGUGGUUUUCUGUACUUUUUGCUGAAGAGGAAAGACGAAGCUAAGGCAAAUUUCGAGAAGUUCAGGGAAUUGGCCCCGGAAGGGAGCAUAGGCGGACAGUAUCUUGACAAUGAAACAAGAAUUCAAGAACUGCUCGUGCAAGAAAUGCAGUGGCUUGAGAUAAGAAAUCGACGCAAU